AAAGGCGCCAUUUCUACCAAAGGUCUGGACAGACUGGCGACCUGUCUAGGGUGUACCCCGCACCAGCACCUCCCGACCCCACUAAGGGACAAGGGUGUACAGAAAAUGGAAGGAUAGAUGGAUUUCUACCAAAGGUUUAGAAUGCGUUUUUGAACCAGAUGCUUCAAAGCGCCCUGUCCAUAGUUCUUCAACACACUGUCAGCUCCCUGUCAGAAAGACUUUAGUUCAGAGUCCAUGAGAUAAUACUCUGAAAGGAUUUAAUCGAUUGAUUUUAUUUGCCUCUGCGAUUAACUCUGCGCGUAAAGUCUGUAAUGUGACAAAUAAAAUGUUUUGUUUGAUUUAAAAUUGGCCAUAUUAGGCUCAAGAGCUGUACCUCAUUUCUGAAACCAUCUCAUAUGUUUAGGAGCAACAAUGCAGGGACAGCACAAAGGAGACAGGAAAAGGAGAGUAUAGUGCAACCGGGCUAGAGGCAGGAAGUCAGAGUGAGGGAGAGACAGGAGUGGAGCAACAGGGAGUUCAGACUAGGGACACACAGCUGAGAGACUCUGAAGUCAGUGGACAGAGAACAGAGCCAAAUCAGCCACAUCCAAAAUUCAUAGACCCUCAAGCUCUAGCCAACAGAACUUUACAUUUCCAAGGAAAGUGGUACAAGGAAUUUCCCUGGCUACAUUAUGAUGCAGUGAAAAAGGGCAUUUUGUGUUUUUAUUGCAUGGCAAUUUACCAGGACAAACUCACACCAUUUGGUGCAAAAUCCGAACCCGCCUUUAUCACUUCUGGAUUUAAAAAUUGGAAAAAAGCAUUAGAAAAAUUUAAAGCACAUGAAAAUAGUCACACACAUCAUCAUGCUGUUUCUGUGACUGCACAAGAAAGUCAUCCUAUAAAUGCCCAAUUAUCCAGUGCUUUGGCAACUCAGCAAGGUGACAAUAGGCACUGUCUGGAGAAAAUUGUGAGCUCCAUAAAAUAUUUGGCACGGCAGGGACAAGCUUUGAGAGGGCAUGACGAUGAUGACAGCAAUUUGUAUCAACUGUUGAAAAAUCUGGCAGAAGAUGAUGCCCUUUUGGCUAAGUGGUUGCUGAGGUCUCAGAAAGAAUACCUAAGUCCACAGAUACAGAAUGAAAUCUUGUGUUCUAUGAGCAAUAGUAUUGUCAGUGAAAUAGCAGAUACAAUCAGAAACCUACCAAUUUUUGAGUUUGCAAUUAUUAUGGAUGGAACACAGGACAUUUCUGGGAAAGAACAAGAAAGCAUUUGUCUGCGAUACAUUGACAGUGACAUGAAGCCCCAUGAAGAGUUUAUUGGCUUGUACUCAGUUUCUGAAACAACAGGAAAAAGCCUUGCUGCUGUUGUUAAAGAUGUGCUGCUCAGAUUAAACUUACCAAUGCAUGGUUUACGAGGUCAAACUUAUGAUGGAGCAGCCAAUAUGUCUGGGAAGCAUGCAGGUGUACAGGCACUGAUAAAGCAAGAGCAGCCACUAGCACUUUUUGUUCAUUGUGGAGCACACUGCACUAAUUUAAUUGCACAGAAAGCUUGCUUAGCCUCAGUUCUGAUCAGAGACGCAUUGGAUUGGGUGAACCAGCUUGGAGUUCUUUUCUCUCAGUCAGGGAAGUUUAAGGCAAUCCAUGCAGCAACAGCACAUACAGAGAAUCCAUCGUGCACUGCAAUAAAACCCCUCUGCCCCACAAGAUGGGCAGUACGGAGCAAAGCAAUCAGAGAUGUUUUGUCACAGUAUGGGUCAGUGCUGGCUAGCUUGCAGGAGAUGGCUUCUGGUGCCUCAAACACAGCAUCCACUGCUAAUGGACUGCUGGGGCAGUUUAGGAAAGGUAAAACAGUUUUGGGUCUCAUCCUUGCCUCACCUGUGAUUGAUAAGCUUGAAUGCCUGAGCAUCUCUUUCCAGAAGAGAACUCAAACCAUUGCUGGAAUGAGGACUGCUGUGAAAGUUGUUCAGACUUCACUUAAGGCUAAAAGAAAUCAAGAAAGUUUCAACACUCUUUUUGAAAAGGCGAUGGCUGAGGUUCAGUCUUUGGGUGUUAAACCCAUCACAGUUACACAGAGAAGGCCACCCCCAAAACGCUUCACUGAAGGAGCUAAGACACAUCAACCUGAAUGUGCCAAGGACCACUACAGAGGUGAAUUCUUUAAAGUAUUGGAUGUUGUAGAUGCACAGCUCACUGGGCUAUUUAACCAGGAUGACUUGCUGACUUUGCUAAAAGUUGGAAGAGACACUUCUCAGUGGAACGAUUGA